AUGGACGAAUUGCAGGCCAGACACCGCAAGGAGCAGCGCGAUCUGCAGGCCCGCAUCACCCAGAAGAAAAAGGCCGCCACCAAAAAGACCCGCAAAGGCGUCAACGACGAAUGCGCGAGGCUCGAGCAGGAACUGAAGGAGCGGCAGGCGCGCGAGCUGGCGGAGCUCGCCGGCAAUGCAGGCGACGGCGGCGAUGCCGACCCCGAAGCUGCUGAGUCGAACCUGAUCGAAGACGGAGGCCACAACGACGACGGCGACGACGACGACGACCUCGCAGGCGCCGCCGAAAAGCUUUCGAUAUCGUCGAGCCAACAGCAGCCCGCCACCUCGAAUGGUGUCGAACAAACGCAGGGGCCGAAGCGCAAGGGCAAUCGCCAAAAGGCUCGGCUGGCCCGUCGUGCGGCAGAGCAGGACGCCCUGGUCGCCGAGGCCGCUGCGGAGGCGCAAUCCAUGCCGGACCUGCGCAAGGCCGAGCGCACUGCUUUGGUCGAGCAGUUUGAAAAGCUCGGGCUGAAAGAACAAGUCAUUCGCGCCGAUGGGCACUGUCUGUAUAGCGCCAUUGCCGACGGGAUGACUGCCCAGGACCUCGAUUUGAAGCCGCGGGUAGCACCGACCAUAAUUGGACAAGAAAACGGAGAGACAGACGGCAAGAAGGAAAGCUACAGAACAGUGCGAAAGGCGGCGGCAGAUUGGAUCGCGUCGCAUCCGGACGACUUCGUGCCUUUCAUGGAAGAGCCACUGGAUUCCUACGUAGUCAAGGUCCGAGAUUCUGGGGAGUGGGGUGGGCACAUGGAGCUGUUGGCGCUGGCAAGAACGUACGGCGUUAACAUCAAGGUGCUUCACUCGGAUGGUAGGGUUGACACCAUUGAGCCUGGUGCCGAGGGCCAGGCUCCGGCAAAUGGAGAAGAGAAGGAACUAUGGCUGGCGUACUACAAGCACGGCUUCGGAUUGGGAGAGCACUACAACUCCUUGAGGAAAGGAACUUGA